GAAGAGUACGCCAGUAACAAAGUGUAAAUAAAGUGUAGAGCGCCCGAACGAGUCUCGGGUAUUUGAUGGAAUGCACAAAAUUACUACCUCUGCUAAAGAAUAUUGCCGGGAUUGAUGAAUUAUUAAUUGCUGUAGGUGAAGCUCACGCGAUCAUCCACUUCCGGGCGUCUCCGUGCCAAGAGGAAACUGAAGUCAUCAAGCAAACACAAACAUAGUUAUGGCCUUGCGUAACCUGGUUGAUGCCCAGUGCGGUGAAGGAAAUGCCCUUGUUCGCCUCACUCACCAUGUCACACGUGACAAAUCACUGGUGGAUGAAGGCCUGCGAUGGCCUCAGGGUCGUCCUCCAAUACAGGGAGGAGUAUUUAAAGUACAGUACGGGCCAGCAGUGGUAGGAGACCAGCUCGUUGAGGAGUUUAUGAGUGAAACACAGCAGGCAGCUACUGCAGCACCACAGGCCUUCAGAAUGGAUUCCCUCUUGCAGGAGAUGCGUGAAAUAGAGAGCAUGCGAGCCAGAACUGGACCCAUGAGAGGUCCAGGCAUUGCUGACCUAGCCUCAGAGGCCAGUAACUGGGCGGAGGAAUACCUAGCAUCGGAGAGACAUGUUCAGGAGAUUGGUCCAGGAGGGGACUGGACAAAGGAAUUUCUCGAACAACAACAUGGCCUCACGUCUCCAGAUAUCAUACCCGACAGUGAUACACGAUGGGCUCACGAGUAUCUUAAUGAGAAUCUAUUAGAUGAAGCAGCCAGUGCAGAGGCCAGUAAAUGGGUGGAGGAGUAUAACCCACAAGAGGAUUCAGAACUAGCCAGAACAGCUAAUGAACUCUUGGGAACUGUCGACGAUCCAAAGUUUUCUAACACAGAGUUUAUGUCGUUUAUUAAAAAAUUAGGAGAAGGAGCCAAAAGUGAUGUUAAUAAAGAUUGGAGUGAGGAAUUCCUGACAUCAAAUGCAAAAGAUGCAGGUAACCUAUCUGAGUCUUGGAGUGCGGAAUUUAUCAAGGAACGUCAACAGCCACAUGAACGAUGGGGAGAAGAAUUUGCUAAACAACUAGGAUCAUUGGACAAGAUGACAAUUGAUAGUGAAACUAUGAGCUCCAAAGAGAAGGAAGAUUUUUGGCAAAGUUUACAGGAUGAAUGGGAAAAAAUGGCCCGAGAGGAUGAGUUAAUAGAGCAUCCAUGGCUUUCUGAAUUUAACAUUAACCAUGUCACUCCUUGACAGAAUUACCAGUUUGAGGAAGAUAAUCCAUUGAAAGACCACCCUGACCCAUUGAGUGAAGGGAAGCGGUGCUUAGAGGCAGGAGACCUUCCAUCUGCAGUGUUGUUGUUUGAGGCGGCAGCACAACAGAACCCUGAAAACUCUGAGGCCUGGCUGCUGCUUGGGGUAACUCAUGCUGAAAAUGAACAAGAUCCUGCAGCAAUUUCAGCUCUUAGAAGAUGUGUCGAACUCGACGCCAGUAACAGUGUUGCUUGGAUGGCUCUUGCAACAUCUUAUACUAAUGAAUCAUUCCAGACGCUUGCAUGCAAUUCAUUAAAGGAAUGGAUCCAGACUAAUCCAGAAUACUGUCAUUUAUUACCAAAAGAUGAAGAACUCCGUACAAAACCAAGGAUGCUGGCAACCACGUUAGCUCCCAGAGAAUUAAUACAAGAAGUUCAAGAUUUAUAUAUUGCAGCAGCUAACCAACGGCCUGGUGAAGACACAGAUGCUGAUGUUCAGUGUGGACUUGGCGUGCUCUUCAACCUCACGGGAGAAUAUGAAAAAGCCAUCGAUUGUUUCCAGUCGUCGUUAACUGUUCGACCAAAGGAUGCUAAGUUAUGGAACAAGUUGGGGGCUACGUUAGCUAACAGUGAACGCUCCGAGGAAGCCAUUGAUGCAUACCGUAAUGCGCUGGAAAUUUCUCCCGGCUUCAUUAGAUGUCGUUAUAAUCUUGGUAUUUCCUGCAUCAACCUCGGAGCCCACAGGGAAGCAAUGGAGCACUUCUUAGAGGCUCUAAAUAUGCAAGCAGCAGGGAGAGGACCAAGCGGGAAGGAAUCAUCACGAGCAGUGUCUGAUAACAUUUGGACAACACUGAGAAUCUGCCUUUCUUCCCUCAAUGCCAGACAUCUCAUGGAUGCUGUUGACAAAAGAGAUCUAAAAAGACUAAACGCAGAAUAUGAAGUAAGCAGCUCCAGUUGACUUUCUGGGAAUGCAUUGUCACGUCAGACACCAACUUCUUCCCACCGCCCUUUGCUGUGUGAUCGGCAUCACCAAGAGCUGUUAUUAUCUCGCUCUGCAAACAGAUGCCAUUGUGAUGAUUUUCCAUGCGAGUGUUCACUGUACGUUAUACAUUAAAACAUCUGCCAAAAAGUUAGGCUCGACAAGAUUUUUUUUGUACGAUUACAGGAACAUCUGAUCAUAUCUUUAAGAUGAUGAUCAUUAUGGAGUGAUUUUUUUUAUCAUUGUACUUUCUGUUCCAGAAAUCAAGCAGCUUUAGUUGCUAAGUUUGGUUGUGAUCCCAAGUGAUUUGACAAAGAAUGAUGAUAGUGUGAUAUUGGUCAGAUUAUAGUCUCGCUUGUGAUUUUGAGGUCUCCUAAAGAAUUAUUAAUAUAUAGGGAACUAGUUCUUUGCAUUUUAUUUCAGAAACUGAUAUAUCUCAUCAGCCUGUCAGCGGGGUCUUCAGUAAAGUUAUAUUUAAAGAAACUAAUUAUCAAGUCAGUUUUACCACUAUGCCAGUUAUUUGUAUGCUGUGUUUUAUUUUUAAGUGUUAUAGUUGACAUUUUGAUUUAUUAAUAAUGAAUACUAUUGUAUUUGAAAAUGGUGAAGUGAUAAUGUAAUGUCUUUGUUGAUUAAGUUUGGUUUUAAGGUUUGUUGGUUGAAAUUAGGUAUUUGGUAAAAUGAUUUGUCUUUCAAAAUGAUUUUAAGUUUCAAGCAUUUUGUGGGUUCGAUAAAUGCUGUAACUGCAUGAUCAGUGCUGCUUCUUUGACAAAUAGGGGUGCCACACACAUACACACACACACACCAAAUUGCCCAAUUGCCCAAAUGAGCCACAGAGAUAUUAGAAAGAACUUUUUUAGUGUCAGAGUGGUUGACAAAUGGAAUGCAUUAGGAAGUGAUGUG